AUGGUGUUAUUUCAAUGGCAAAGCGAGUAUGAAUACUUAUUGCAUAAGAUAUGUGAUAUGCUAGAUGAGUGUAAACAGCUAGGUUUUUUAAUAGUAAGCACGGACUAUUCUAAUGCAUAUUUAAAUACCUCGGUAUUUCAAAAUUAUGUUUCUAUUGGAUCAAGUGCACUACGUGAGGAUAUAAGAAAAAUUGUAGAAUUAAUAAGCUCUUUUUCUACUCCUGGAAUAUUAAGUUACAUGUCAGCAUGUUGUGUUGAUGAUAUAAAUCUAUCUCAUAUUUUUUCUCUGUUACGCCUUCACACAUUAUUAGAGCAUUAUCCUAAACCUUUAAUACUACAUACACAAAGAGCACAAAUAGUCAUUGCAAUGUAUGGAGAAUUAUCAGCAGUAAGAAGGGAUUUAGAAACAGGAAUAUUAAAGCAACAAAAUGAUAAUAACUUGUUGUUAACAAGAAAGUAUAAUAAUGAACAGUGUAUUGAAUUACUUAAAAAAACUAUCAAUCAAUUUACAGGUAUUAUUGUAGAUUCUGGUAGAGAUCGUUCUACAUAUAUUAAAGAAGCUUUUUGUGCACCAGCAUUUACUCCACCUAGAACAAAUAUUGCCAUACCUGUUGACAAUGACCUACAAUUAUCAGAUAAUCUAAAUAACCGAAUAAAUCAUAGUAUUUCUCUUAUUCCAUGUUCUAAUAAGGGAGACCCUUUAUUAGUAACAGCAUUAUUAUGUGGCUCAACGUUAUCAAUAUGGCAAAGACUUUAUUUAUUAUAUGAUCCUGAUAGAGAAACAUCUAAAGAAUCUAUUGUUCAUGCUGUAGCUUAUGCAGUUCCUAAGAUGGACAGAAUGCGUCAAUUAGUAUUUACAAGUUUUUUACAGGCUUUAUGUAGACCUAAAUGGAAUGAAGAUAAUACUCACAAAUUAUCUAAUAAAAUGAAGAGAAAUCAAAAUCAAAAUACUGAAAUAAUUCAGUUAGUUAUACGUGGUUUCUUAUCUUCUGGAAUUUCAGUCUGGUCAUAUGAAUAUCCACAACAAGUAUAUGAUAUAACUUCAAGCCAUGCAUUAUCUAUUAGAGAGAAAAAUAAGUUAUUAAGUAUAUUAAAAUUAUUAGAUGAAAAACCUUUGAUAGAUGAUGAGAUAGAUGAAAGUAAUAUUAUUCCUUCUUUUGAAUCUGUUAUACGAGAACUAGCUAGGGAAUUCUAUCAUAAUUCAAACUGGGAAAUAGAAGAUACUGGGUUUUUAUCGGCAUUAGGAGAACGUAAAUCAUUUAACGAUAAAGGAAAUGUUUUAAAUGGAGCCUUAAAAAUUAGUUAUUACCAAGAAAAUAUUCAUGGGAAACCUUUGGAUUCUAUAGUAUCUGAUAGAUCUAAGUUCUAUCAUGCUAUGGGGUACUUUAAAAGCACAUUGACAGAUUCAUUAGAAGGAGUAUAUACAAAAUCUGAUUACAUAGUUAGUGCAGAUCCAACAUUUUUUGAGUUUGAAUCAAGUCAAGUAUAA